UUAUUCCAAUGCAUUUAAACAGUUAGAGGCUUAUCAUGGAGGACGUAACUAUGUAUUCUGGACUUGUAUGGAUUAUGAUAUGCAAUUGGAAAGUGACUCGAAGAACGUGGUGAAAGUAAAACUGCAUAAAUGUUUCUCUUCCACAUGAGACAGGGCUACGUGGAACGGGGCGAGCGGGAUUUUGCCCAUACUUUUGUGUCGCACACAAACCUCCGUUCAAGUGUUUUUAUUCAAUUGACCUGUCACUGCUUCCUUAAAUUGAUACAAUUAGUUAAUUUUCCGAAUCUUUCUGAGACCUCCGUCUUUUUGUAGUACAAUACAUAGGUUUGUUGUUUGAACGAUCCGAGCUGCUCGAAAACUUCAACUCUACGAUGUCAAAUUCUAACUCAGAACUGCAACCUGAGCUCCCUGGUCCCAUGAAAGAUUCUGGGGACGAUGGAGGAAAUGAUUCCAAACCCGAAGGUUCUAAUGGGACUGCUGGACGUCAUUCAUCAAGGGGAUCCAUUACAAUAUCCGACAAUGAAUCACUCCCUGACCCUGAUGAGACUGAGACUCGCCAGCAGGCGCCUGGUAGGGAGACCGGCAAUGACCUAAGUGACCCCUGGGAGGAACUCGACCCCACUUUCGAAGUGGUCGACCUGAAUCACCAACGGCUGACGAAAAUUGAUGAACGAAUCAUGCAAUUGAGCGUCGUGGAAGUACUGACAUUUAGAUGGAAUCAAUUGAAAUCCAUUGAAAAUCUCCAGUGUUUGGUUACUUUGAAAGAGCUCGAGUUCUACGACAAUCAAAUCACAGAAAUUCAAAACUUGGAAGCUCUCGUUAAUCUUGAGAUUCUUGACAUUUCUUUUAAUCGGAUAAGAAAGAUUCAGAACUUGGGCUCUUUGAAGAAGCUACGAAAAUUGUUCUUAUGUGCAAACAAAAUUGGAAAAAUUGAAAAUUUGAAUGAACUUACCAAUCUAGAGACAUUAGAACUCGGAGACAACAGAUUGCGGGCAAUUGAAAAUAUUGAGCAUUUGACAAAACUGAAGGAACUCUACAUAGGGAAAAAUAAAAUUACAAAGUUGCAAAAUCUGGAUAAAUUAGAAAAUUUGGAAAUCCUAAGUAUUCAAAGUAAUCGCAUUUUGGUGAUUGAAAAUUUGGAAAAAUUAAGCAAAUUGGAACAACUCUACAUUUCUCACAAUGGGUUAGAGAAAAUUGAAGGAUUGAGCAGCAACAAAGAGUUGACAACAAUUGACCUCGCAGGAAAUCGAAUUAAAUUAAUUGAAAAUCUGGAUGGUCUGCCAAAAUUGGAGGAGUUUUGGUUUAACGACAAUUUUUUGGAUGACUGGCAUCAAAUUGAUAAUUUACGACAUGCCCCUCUUAAAACGGUCUAUUUUGAAAGAAAUCCAAUCUGGCAGAAUGGAAACGAUCCCAACUACCGUCGUCGAAUUAAGCUGGCUUUACCAAGUUUAACUCAGAUUGAUGCUACCAUGUGCAGAUAAACAGUAUUAUACAAAAUAACUUAAAAUGGGCCAUUGAGCUAUUUAGGAAAAUAUGUUGAUGAUUUACAGUAAUAUUCACAAUUGUAACAUUUAAGAAAACAUAAUCAUGUACCAAUAUUGUGAAUUACCUAAUUGCCUAAUAAUGAUACAGAAUAUAUUAAUUGUAUACUGUGUAUAAUAUUAAUUAAUAUAACGAUUCAUUUUAUAAUCUGGAUUCAACCAACUACACGUAUAAUGACACAGAAGAUGCAUUCAGCAUAAGCUGAUCAGUCAAACUUGUCUCCAAACCUAUGUAUAAAUCAUUUUUCAACCAUAUAUAAGUAUAUAUAUAUAUGACCUCGUUAAAUUUUGAAAUAUAUAAUGAAGUAGUUUUCAAAAUUAAUGUUUGUUUUGUGUAAAUUCAAACUUAGGCAUUCUCAACUUUUUUCUGACAAUCUGAGGACAUAAAUACGUACCUAUCUUUUAAAGGAAAUCUAAUGAAGCAUGGCAAAAAAAUGAAAUAAAAUCAGCCAAGUAUCUUCAAUCGGA